AUGGUUGUGCAGUACGAACUAUCCGUUGGCCUAAAGAAAGGUCACAAAGUGACCAAGAAUGUAAAGCGGAAGCGGCCGUCGCAGAUGAAGGGCCGAUUAACGAAACAUGUGAAGUUCGUUCGCGAUAUCGUCCGGGAAGUGUGUGGUUUGGCGCCCUACGAGAAGCGUACAAUCGAGUUGUUGCGUGUGUCCAGGGACAAAAAAGCGCUGAAGUAUCUGAAACAGAGAAUUGGAUGCCACAAACGUGCCAAACGGAAGCGAGACGAAAUGCAGAACAUUCUUACCGCCAUGAGAAAAGCUCACGGUCAUGGUCACAAAUGA